AUGGGCUAUCAUGAUAUAGACACCGGUCGAUUAAUUGACGAAGUGCGAUCAAGAAAAUGUUUAUGGGACGCUUCGGACCCAUUAUAUCGAAAUAAAGAUGCGCGUAACAAAGCCUGGGAUGACAUCGUCGUCGCACUUUUCGAAAACGUUUCAUCAGAAGAAAUACAACAUUUAGGAAAAAGUAUUCAACAACGAUGGAAGACAGUCAGGGAUGCUUUCUUUAGAUCAAAGGCAGUUAUGAAAAACACACCAUCCGAAAAUUCUCAAAAUACCGAAUCUAGUGCUGAUAACAAUAUAUCUGCAUCUAUUAACAAUGAUGCGAUGCCAUCUUCUUCAAACGUUUCACAAGACGUACAAGGCCAAACUAGUACAGCAUCAUCGGAAAAUCCAUGGGAUAAAAAAAGAAAAAACCGACCUCGCCAAUCCAGUCAGGAAAGUUUCGAAUUUGAAAAAGGAUUAUUAAAUCUUCUUGCAAGUCUAACGGCAGAUAUAGCAAGUGAUGAUUUGUCUUUUUUUUUCCUCUUGAGGACCAAUUUUAAAAACCUUUGA